AUGUCCAUCAAGAUUCAAGGUUCCCUUCAAUCGGCAUGCAUGCAGCGAGUUAUUCUCACGGCUCUAGAGCUCGGUGUCGACUACAACCUAUAUGACAUUAACAUACCUUUCGGCCGCAUUCCCGCCUUAGAAGAGGGCUCAAUUCGCAUCUUCGAGUCCCGAGCGAUAUGUCAGUAA